CUGGGUUAAAGAAGAACAAACAGGGCGCAGCAGCAGCAGGUCCAGCUUCUCUCCUAGAGUUUAAUGUGCAGCUUUGAAAUAGAUGUAACUCCAAUAAGAAGGUGGGAGCUCGGUGUUUCCAUGGCCCUCGGCUGACGUGCGGAGCGAUGCGGCACCACUGGCUGCUCCUCGGGGCCUGCGGCUGGGUGCUGCUCAUCCUCAUGUUCGUCAGCAAGUUCAUCAGCGACAGAGCCGUGGACGAUUAUGGAGAGAGGCUGGCUGGUCAGAGUUGGACUCUACCAGGCGCCAAGCUGAAUCAACCCAUACCAGAUUCCAGCCAAGAAAAAACAGCCUCCCAACCUUCAGAUCAGCCUUCUGAAGCACCCACACUGACAGAUUGGCAGGCAGUCACCGAUAAGCGGAAUGAGCUGCUCUCGUCCAUGUGUAAGAACAGCAGCCUCAGGAAUUUGACUCAUGUCUCCAUCAGCAAGUUCGUCCUCGAUCGCAUCUUUGUCUGCGACAAACAGAAGAUCUUGUUCUGCCAGACGCCCAAAGUGGGAAACACGCAGUGGAAGAAGGUCCUCAUUGUGCUCAAUGGAGGAUUCUCUGAUGUGAAUGAGAUCCCAGAAAACCUCGUUCACGACCACGAGAAGAACGGCCUCCCCCGCCUGUCAUCACUCAAACCACAGGAAAUCACUCACAGAUUAAACACCUACUUUAAGUUCUUCAUUGUGAGGGAUCCCUUCGAGCGGCUCAUCUCUGCCUUCAAGGACAAGUUUGUGAAGAACCCUCGCUUUGAGCCUUGGUAUAAACAUGACAUCGCUCCCGCCAUCAUCCGCAAAUACCGCAAGAGCCACCGCGACAGCAGCCUCUCCGCGUCGGGCCUGCACUUUGACGACUUUGUCCGUUACCUGGGCGACGUGGAGGGCCGCCGCCGCUUGGACCGGCAGUUUGGCGAGCACAUAAUUCACUGGGUGACUUACGCGGAGCUGUGUGCGCCGUGCGAAAUACACUACAGCGUGGUCGGCCACCACGAGACAUUGGAGCAGGACGCCCCCCACAUCCUCAAGGCGGCCGGCAUUGACAAGCUGGUGACCUACCCGUCCAUCCCUCCUGGCAUCACCCGCUACAACCAGUCCAAGGUGGAGCACUACUUCUCCACCAUCGGCAAGCGAGACAUCCGCCGUCUCUUCGCACGCUACCAGGGGGACUUCCACCUGUUUGGUUAUCCGAGCCCAGACUUUCUACUGGACUAAAAAUGAUUAAUAGUGACUAAAAUGUUUUCAUAUGAAUUGUCUCAACAUUUUUGGUUCACUGAGACCGAGGUGUAUCGUAGCUGAGCGGCUGAAAAGGCCUCGUAUGCAGGAGAUGGCGCACUGUAACCGUGUUAAUAACUGACCGGCUGUGGUGAAGCUGCCUAUAUUUGCAGUCACUGGAAAAGUCCUGCCUCAUAUUCGAAUAUUUAAAAGUGCUGUUACAGAGACUUGGAGUGGAACUGACAAAGGGUCAAUUUAAAGAUCAAAUCCAGGACAAAUAGAGAAAAACCUUUGCUACCUUUUUAUAUUUAUGACAGUUAUAUGUCAGAGACUCUUAUAAUGCCAGGGAUACAGGCCCGAGACCCUGUAAUGUAGCUUUCAUAUUGCACUGUAGGGAUCACCUGUUACAAUGACUCAUCCUGUCAAUGAAAGCUGUGAACAGUGCUACGACGUGUUUCUUCAAAUUAGUCUUUUCUGAACCUCUUGCGCUAGACAAACGCUACGAUGUGUUCAUCAGGGAGUAGAGCAAGAAUUUAACGACUGAUUAAUGAUCUAAACGACCAUUUUUCCACUUUUAUAUCUUGUCAUUGACUUUUUAUUUACUUGAGGCAUACUAACGUCUUCUAUAACAGUAAAUUAUUCUUAAAAUGUCAGUAAAUUGCAUCAGAAUGGUAACGAACAGACCAGAAGACCUUGGUCCCUCCCUGAUUUAAACCUUUAGCUGCUGUUCUGGUCGCUCCGCCUCGUUCACUCCAUUUAUCGGCUCUGGGAUGUUGAAGGAAAAGUUGGCACUGGAUUUUUAAAGGCUUGUUCUUUUUUCUAUAACAGAAAGGUACUGUGUAAAUGUUCUUAACAUGACCUGCAACUCAACAUUUGUAUUACAUGUUGCUAUUUAUAACAUUAACUGGCUGACUAGUGGCACAAAGAAGCGUCUCGGUUGUAAGACGCUGUGACUACGUUUUGGACGACGAGUUAGUAAUAAAGCUCCAUGUGGAAGAGUCAGAUUUUAA